CAACUAUCACUCGCAUUUCAGCAUUGUUAGGGGAAGUUUAAGUCUUGGAGAUCAGCAAUUCCCUUAAAACAGCUUUGGCAAGGUGGAUUUUAGGCGAGACAACCAACUUUCCCAAAGCGCGAAAGCAUCGGGAUAGAGCGCGUGCGACUGGAGCGUGUGAGAUCUGAGAUCAUUGAGUAUGCAGUAACAGGAUACUGGAAUUGGGCAGAAGGAGAGAUUUCAUCUGUUUUCUGGCUCCCAUGGAGGGUGAGAACCAUCUACAGCACUGGAACACAUUAAGGUGUUUUCUGUUGUGCCUUGCUGUCCUUAUCCUUACGACAGAGGUCAAUGCAGGAGUGAAGAAGAGCGGUGGACCAUGUGGGGGGAGAGACUGCAGCGGAGGGUGUCAGUGUUUUCCUGAAAAGGGUGCGAGGGGAUUACCUGGACCUCUUGGUCCCCAGGGGCCCACAGGCCCUAACGGCCGACUGGGGGACCCUGGUCUCCAGGGCACUAAAGGAGAGAAAGGAGACCAUGGCAGAGGAGGCAUUAUGGGUCCAAAAGGAAGUGUGGGAAUGGAGGGUGUUCCAGGGUUUAAUGGAGCAGAUGGAGUUCCGGGCCAUCCUGGGCCGUCUGGGUCUCGUGGAAAACCAGGAGCUGACGGAUGUAACGGAACCCGGGGAGAAUCAGGAACACCAGGCCUUCCAGGAUUCGAUGGUGGACCUGGAAUAUCAGGCCGGCCAGGAAUGAAGGGAGAGAAGGGUGACCCUUUGGAUCUGUGGAUCUAUAUGCAAAGAUUCAGGGGAGAUUCAGGACCACCAGGUUUUCCAGGAUUUGCUGGACCAACUGGUAACCCAGGGUACAAAGGAAUGCCAGGAUUACAAGGCCCUUUGGGUCCUACUGGCAUUAAAGGUGUUAAAGGACAAAAGGGUGAAAGCAGUAAAAAGAUAAAAGGAAUGAAAGGAGAGUUGGGGGAGAUUGGAGAGACGGGCCCACCAGGACCUUACUCACAAAUCCGUACAAUCCCUCCAGAAUGGCAGGGUGAUAAGGGCUUGAAAGGUUCUAAAGGUCAACCAGGAGAUUUGGGGUAUUUAUCUACCAAAGGAGAGACUGGUGUGUCAGGGUUUCCAGGACAACGGGGAAACCCAGGACGAAGUGGCUUGCCAGGACCUGGGGGUGAGACUGGACUACCAGGUUUCCCAGGAAAUUCUGGCCGCAAGGGAGACAGAGGGGAACCUGGAGAGCCUACAGAUCCUUUUGAUAAUACUGGAGUGGGUCCUCCAGGACCUCCUGGAGAGCGUGGCCCAAUUGGAAAUCUUGGUCCUAAGGGUGCUAAAGGACUGCUGGGUCCUCCAGGCCCCCCUGCCGCUGAACAACAAGCAGUGGAUUUGUGGGGUCCAGAGGGACCACGGGGAUCAAAGGGAGCCAAAGGUGAAGCUGGAGAACCUGGUAAUCCUGCCACUCAACCUGGGCCAACUGGCCCCGAUGGGAUACCUGGAUUUAUUGGACCACCUGGACCCAAGGGAUCAUUGGAAGAAUUCUUCAAAGGCGCACCAGGACCACGUGGACGUCCAGGAAAUGCAGGGAAAAAGGGACCAAAGGGUGACCAUGGUCCAUGCGAUUGCGAUGUAAGAUCCCCACCUGGUCCUCCGGGUCCUCCUGGUGAUGCUGGGGACUUUGGCAUGGCAGGCGAGUGGGGUCAGCAGGGUGAUCAGGGAGAGCCAGGAACCAUAGGUGUGGAUGGGAUGCCUGGUAUCGCUGGUACAAGAGGAUCACCUGGACCCAAAGGCAGAAAAGGAGAGCUGGGAUUCGCUACUCAGAAAGGACAACCUGGUGACCCAGGGGACCCAGGUGCUAGUGGCUUUCUAGGAGAGCAAGGAAGGCAUGGGCUUGAUGGAAGAGAUGGUGAACCAGGUUUUCAAGGACUUCCUGGAGAAGGUCCUGUAGGUGAGCCUGGAGACAAGGGGUACCCAGGUCGGGGUGGUCCUCCAGGUCUAAUAGGUCUAAUAGGACAACCUGGUCAAGUUCUCGGAGCAACUAAAGGUCUAAGGGGCCUUCCUGGAGACGAAGGACAAGUUGGUAUUGAGGGGAAACAAGGGUUACCUGGUGCUCCAGGAGACUGUAGCCCACAAGGAGGAGAUCAGUGGAGUAUUCCAGUGGAAUGUAUUGGAGAUCCUGGGCCACCUGGAGAGAGAGGGCAGCCUGGACUUCCAGGGUUAGGUGGAUUUCCUGGACUGCAAGGUGCUAAAGGCUCACCAGGUCUUUUUGGAGAACCUGGAGCCAAAGGAGAGAAAGGUGAACCAGGAAGAGGAGGCCCACCUGGACCAAUAGGUUUUGUUGGACCUCGGGGCGACUUAGGAUAUCCUGGCACCAAAGGUGUGGAAGGAACUCCAGGCCUUUCUGGUAAACCAGGUGUGGAUGGUGCUUUAGGGGAAAAGGGUGAACAUGGUGAAGUUUUAGGAGCUUCUUCUGGCGCCGCUGGAGACCUAGGACUGCCUGGACAAAGGGGUGUCAUUGGUCUUCCAGGAGACCCAGGACCUCAAGGACACCAUGGUAUGGAGGGAAUGCCUGGCAUGAUUGGCCUUAAGGGUGAAAGUGGCCCUCCAGGUUUUCAAGGAGAGACAGGAACACCUGGAUCACCAGGAACAUUUGGCUUUCCUGGGCAGCCUGGUCAAGUAGGACCUCCUGGACCACCUGGAAAGACCGGAGAAGCAGGUCCAAGUGGAGAAAGAGGAAAUCAGGGAGACCCAGGCCUUUCUGGGCCCAGAGGAGUAAAGGGUGUCACUGGAGAACCAGGAAACUUUGGUCUACAAGGAAAUAUUGGGCCACCUGGAGAUCCAGGACAACAGGGGCCAUUUGGUAUUGAUGGUCAUCCAGGGAUAAAAGGUUCCAAAGGUGGUCAGGGCAUGACGGGUUUCCCUGGAAUGCCUGGUAAGCAUGGUCUGACGGGCUUUUCGGGACAGAAAGGAAAAAUAGGUGAUCCAGGACGACAAGGUGCAAAAGGACCUCCUGGCUCUCCAGGUCUAAAAGGUGAGAGAGGGUUGAUGGGACCUCCAGGUGAAAAGCCAAUCAUACACAUAACACCACAUAUGAAAGAGGUCAUGAAGGGAGCAAAAGGUGACCAUGGAAAAAUGGGAGAUACUGGCUUCACUGGUCCCAGAGGUACAAAAGGUUUUCCAGGUGUUCCAGGAACUGAGGGUGAAGAUGGACAUCCAGGUGAGCCCAGUGAUGCAAAAGGUACUAGAGGUUUUCCCGGAGUAGAAGGAUUUCCAGGGCAAAAGGGAUUGCCAGGGUUUACAGGACUCCCUGGAAUUGAUGGUUUUCCUGGAAUGCCUGGACCCAGGGGUGACAAAGGCACGUCUGGUGCUUAUGGACGGACUGGAGAAUCUGGAAUCAAGGGAAUAAAAGGUGAAUUUGGUCCUACCAUCAGUCUUCCAGGAUCAACAGGACUGAGAGGUGAAACUGGGCUUCCUGGACCUUUUGGUGUGAAGGGACUCAUAGGUAACACUGGAGAAAGAGGAAGUCCUGGUUUUGAUGGCAUUGAAGGGAUGAAAGGCUAUCCAGGAGAAGCUGGAAAAGUUGGGCUAUCAGGCUCUGACGGCCUACAAGGUUUCCCAGGAACCCAGGGUCAGAAGGGCUGGCCUGGCGUGCCUGGACAGGCAGGAGCCCCUGGAGUCCAAGGCCAACCAGGACAAAAAGGAUUUCCUGGCCUUAAAGGCAUUUUUGGAUUGGAUGGCCUAAAAGGUCAAAAGGGUAUCAUGGGUGUUGCAGGUUCUGACAACUUGGGUCCUUCUGGCGAGCCAGGAGCAAAAGGAGAGAGAGGAGAGACUGGCGUCCCCAGCACAGAGGCUGGUGUCCCCGGAGAGGCUGGAUUCAAGGGUUUCAUUGGAGAUCCAGGUAAUAAGGGUGAAUCUGGGCGUCCUGGUGUACCGGGGCCUCAGGGUCAACAAGGAUUCUCUGAUAGAAAAGGAGUGCAAGGCGACUAUGGCUUUCCAGGCCCACAAGGACUUCCAGGUUUUCCUGGUCCCAGAGGCAUCCCAGGUGACUCAUCUCCAUUUGGUGCAAAAGGACUGAAAGGAAAUCCAGGUGAUUUCGGAUUUACUGGAGAAAAAGGAGUCCAGGGGGACACAGGAGAAGAAGGACCAUCAGGGGAACCUGGAGUGUCAGGAAGAAAAGGUGAAAAAGGAGAACCAGGAAUGAUGGGAAUCCCAGGAAGGCGUGGUUUUGAAGGCGACUGGGGCCCUGUUGGACCUAAAGGAGAUACCGGACCCCCAGGUUUUCCUGGCUUACCUGGUGCUAAAGGACGUCCACCAGUUCCACAGAAACUACCAGGGGAGAGAGGACCACAUGGCUCAAUGGGUAUUCAAGGACCACAGGGACGGAAUGGAAACCCAGGCCCUGCUGGACCUCCUGGUGAUCGAGGGGUUUUGGGUCCAAAGGGUGAAAAAGGCAUGCCAGGUCUCCCUGGAAUACCAGGAAAUCCAGGCUUCCGUGGAGAAUAUGGACAAUUGGGCCACCCUGGUCUACAAGGCGAAGAAGGGACCCAAGGGGGCCCUGGUUUACCUGGUCCUAUCGGAAUGCCUGGCCGCAGUGUCAAUGUUGGCUACCUGCUGGUGAAGCACAGUCAGUCUGAGCAGAUCCCCAUGUGCCCUGUGGGCAUGUCCAAGUUAUGGGACGGUUACAGUCUUCUGUAUUUCGAGGGACAGGAGAAGGCCCACAACCAAGAUCUUGGUCUAGCCGGGUCAUGUCUCCCCCGAUUUAACACCAUGCCCUUCCUGUACUGCAAUCCUGGAGAUGUGUGCUACUAUGCCAGCCGCAAUGACAAAUCCUAUUGGCUGUCCACCACCGCACCAAUUCCCAUGAUGCCCGUGGAGGAGACCGACAUAAAACCAUACAUCAGCCGCUGCUCAGUGUGUGAAGCUCCAUCUGUGGCCAUCGCCAUACACAGUCAAGAUAUAACAAUCCCACAGUGCCCAGCAGGCUGGAGAAGUCUCUGGAUUGGCUAUUCCUUCCUUAUGCACACGGCUGCUGGAGAUGAAGGUGGCGGUCAGUCUCUGGUGUCUCCAGGCUCCUGUCUAGAAGAUUUCCGCACCACUCCCUUCAUCGAGUGCAACGGGGCCAAGGGUACGUGCCACUACUUCGCCAACAAGCAGAGUUUCUGGUUGACAUCUAUCGAUGAGACCUUCCAGAGUUCCCCUUCCUCUGAGACACUAAAAGCCGGUCAGCUCUUGGCGCGCAUCAGCCGCUGCCAAGUGUGUAUGAAGAACCUGUGAGCUGUAACCUGUGAACAACUUUGACACUGUUGCAGCAAAGCAGCAUUACAGUUAACACCAGCAGAACGAGCCGUGCUAAUACUUCAUUCCAAAUGUCAAUCGGACGUCAACGUCACAAGUUAGGCUUUUGAAAUUGCUUAAUGUAUAACAUAUGACACCCUCAGAUUCCCUCUUCAACACUACUGUGUGCCUUAUGACUGAAGAUAUGUACAUGUGCAUAAUGAGAAGCAAAAAGCCAGAGAUGCAUGAAAGCAUAGCUACGAUAUUUCUCUGAAUUAUUUACUUUUAUAUAUAUGAAAUGGUGCUUAAUUUCUAACUUAUUACCUCAGCAUUAUCAGACCUGAAUUAAUAUUACCAAAAACAUACAGCUGAACCAAAGAAGCCCAUGCUUAUGCACUUCUCCACCCUUCUGUGUUAUGUAGUAGCACUUUGUGAAAUGAGGGGUUGGGAAUCAAGCAAAACAAGAUCCUUUUUUUUUUUUUUUUUUGAUUUAAAGGCAGUAUCUAUUCACACUAAUUGCAAAUAGCAGACUUUGUAUUUACUCUUAGCAUGAUUAGCACAUCUGUUCUACCCAGCUAACAGGGAACGUUCUUGGCAAAGUUCUCUCAAAGUUACGAAAACCGCUCUUCUAGUAACGUUGAUGGACUGUUUGUUCAACAAUAUCCAGUCUUUAAUUAUGUCGUCAUAAUGUUUGCACAAAAUGUUAUUUAUGAAUAAUUUCUAGAACAUUUUUUGUGAAACAUUUCAAUUGGACAUUCAUUUAACUUUUUUUUUUAAAUGUUAAUACAAAACGAUUUAAUGAAAGAUUUUAAAAACUGAAUGUUUGAGCGGUCACAGAUUGUUCACAAUGGGAAUGUUAGCAAAAUGUUCUAAAAACAAUUUUUUUGUUAGUUGGGUUUCUGCACUCCGUGAUUCAGUUCUGUUAAAGAUUCUGGAACGUCUGCAUUCACCAUAAUAAAAUAUGCCAAGCCGAUCAGUGUUAAUCUGGUUUUCUGACAUCUGUGCAUAUGAAUCAACAUUUUAUUAGUGAUCAUUUCAUGUGAUUGAAAACAAACACGCACAUGCACGAUGCUUUGCAGACGUGGCACAUGACACACCUCAUAAAAAUGUCAUUUGAAGCAGGACUGUUGGUUUAAUAAAUAUAACAGAUUUACAAAGACAGCAAAAUAUAAUCUUGUUCUGAAAGGACCUCAUCAUAUGACAAGAAGAUUUGUGAGGAUCGUGAUUGCAAUAAGAAUUGUUUUCCAAUCAUUGUCCAUUCUCUCUUCUUUAAAAAUGACUAAAAGAAUCAUUAACAGAACCACUGAGUCAAAAAUGUUUAAUUUAAUUCCACACCAUUCCCAUCCCUAUAGAACAGCCACAUGACAUCUAUCAGGAUCAACGGCACAAUGCUUAACUGUAUGACUCCUUUAAAUGCAGUGCCUUCUGUUAAUAUUUUAACUCUUAUAUACAUGUAAUUUCACCAGACUUACACUAACACCAUCUUCUGCUGCCUGUACAUUAUUUUUGCUUUGUGUUUGUUUUUUGAUGUGCUAUAACUGAACAGCUUAGAAUCAAGUAUUACCCCGUAUUGUGUAAUGUCACCUGACACUAUUUAUCAGAUGGAGACAAAGAGUAGGGUAUUCUGUUUCAUAAAGGUCAUAGACUCUGAGACUUGAAGCUUUUAACUAGGAGGCUCUGGAUUCUGGUUUGUUUGAGAUGAACCCUCUCUUGGUUACACCAAUUGCACUGAUUUUCUCUGAGGUUUACAGGACACAUGUUCAGGUCAAUAGAAGACUCGAGUUUAACCUUUGUCCCACUUUCACAUACUCAAGCAGGCUAUAUCUUCUGUAAGCAAAGUCUAAAAACAAUUGCUAAACCAAAUGUGGGUCACCUAAAGUGGUCAAGCUAUUUUGGACUUUGAGCAGCUUUGCCCAUUUUCAGUGCACAUUGCUCAAAUAUUAUUGUCCUGAAGCCCAUAAACCACUAACCUGUAUUUGACACAAUUAAUGAGAACCAAAAAAGAUUAUAAUUCAAAACACUUUUUACAUUGAAAACAUGUCACUGCUUUUUUAUCAAAUGUACUUUAAAUGUAAUUAUGUGGAAUAUUUGAAGACAUUGAUUUUGAAUUGUAGCGUUAUUGAAUAAAAAAACAAUAAAUGCUUUUUGUUUGUUA